UUACAGCCCCAGCGGAUUAGGCUGGGUGGCGUGGCUUACCCAAAAUGAACUCUUUCACCUCAGGAAGAGUGAAACCGUGCUCUCCUCCCUGCAGAAACUUUUCCGGGACGUGGGUACUGAACGCUGUGCUGCUACAGCAUCCAGGAACAGGGAGCGAUGACGCAGCGCUUUCUCAGUGCCUGUGCGGACCAGCGUCUCGUGGACAUUUGGGGGUGUGGCUCCUGGGAAGUACACAAGCCAUGUGUGGUCGUGUUGAUAGCGCCUCUUCUCUUCCUCCUGGGCAGCGUUGAUCUAGAAUAUAGGUACCCACCAGGCACUGUGCUCCAGCGCCAGAGUCGUUUAGUCCCUGCGGUGCCUGAUGAGUUACCCGCCGGGGUGCUCCCAUUUCACAGGGAAGGACACAGGGUCCCUCCAGGCGGACGAGGCUGGAUCUGUCCCAGGCAGGAGCAUCUGACGUGGACCAUCCUCUGUGCUGCGGCUGGGCCCAGGAUUGGGGAGCAAGGCGUGAGGGCAGGAGAGAGAAGAAGGGGAGGAGACGCAGAGCUGGCACAGGAAGGCCACUUGCUGAAGAUUGGAGGGGCGGCCGGCUGGGAUCCAGGCCUCUUAACCCCCAACCUCCAGCUCUUUGGGUCAGAUUCUAGAGGCCCAAGGCGGCACAACUGUGAGGCACAGAGAGGCGAGGGCUCUCCCGCUGCCGUUCAUCCCAAGGUGACUGAGCCGGGGUCUCCCAGAUGCGGAAUCUGCACACUCACUUAGUGUGUUAGAGGCUGUGCCUUGUGUGUCUUCUUAUAUGACAUUAUAAUAUAGUGUGUGCUUUGCGCUUAUUCCUGCUAAUUCCACCCCGCCUUACAAGAUGGUCACUGUUACCCCAGUUUACGAGCCAAGCAGACGGAGUCCCAGAGCUGAGCUGCUUGACGAGAUGCCCCCCUAGUGAGGGACGGAGCUGCGGGAUUCGGGUCUGACCUCACAGACCCCACGUCCAGAGUCUGCCCGUUCUGGGCUUCUGUGGGACACACUGCGGGAACCACUGGAGAUUUCUAGCUGGGGAGUAAAAUGUUCAAAAUAACAUUUUGGCAGUCCUUAUCUACCCGCACUGUGCCAGGGAGAUGCACACCCCUGCCUCCCAUCAGCCUCUGGGCAAAUCUACGAUAAAUAACAGGAAACUAGGAAGACGGCUGCCCUUCACCGAGCCCUAUAGCCCGGGGUCAAAAGUGCCCAGGAUCCAGUGAGAAGAUCCUGCAACAACCCUCUGAUUAUUACUAUCAGGAUAAUAAUCAUCUCUAUGAACAAGAGCAAUAGCUGUAAUGAUAGACUUGCAAAUGCUGUUGAUGUUUUGCUUGCUAUGUCUCCUUUCAUCUCAGGAUAUCAAAGUAUCUUGCAAAUUAAUUAAGCCCUGGGAAAUAAACAUCAUGACGUCACUGUUAGGAAAAGGGGAACUGAGGUACCUUGAGCUCAGGUACUUUGUGAUGGACCCCCUCCCCGACCCAGAGGCAACAAUCAAAUGAAAAGGUGAUAGUUCCCCCUAAAUGUUAUUUUCUUCAAAGGUCUCUGGCUCAAAGUAUUUGUAUUAAAUUCCUAUAGGCAUCUAUUUUGUAUCUGCCACUGUGGGUACUAGGCUACGUGAGCUAAUCUGAAAGAAAUGUGCAGAUGGAUGCUUCCUGCCCUCUGAUGGAGGGAGAAAUUACAUGAACUGUGUGGUCACUUUCGAAGCUAUUGUCAAAGAGCCAGAGAGCAGACCUCCCCUGUGGCAGGACACAGAGAGAUGGUGCCUUCAGACGAGGCUGCAUGUGCGUCAGGAGAAGGGCAGAGAGGAGAGAGCUUUCCAGGUAAAGGAGAGAACAAGCCUGGCACAUGGCAGACUCGAGAGACACAGUCUUGACCCAGGGGUGAUGAGCACAGGUGCUGUCAGCCUGGAAGUUCUUGACUUUGAGCCAUGAAAUCCAGACAUGAUGCCACAGGUCAUGGGCCACUGUGGUUACCUGGGUACCCCGAGAUGUGCACCAGGAAGGAGACGGUGAGCCGGGUCAGUGGACGUGGCUGGCAUGGCAGCCCCGCUGCUGGCGGGCAGUGGGGAGCCAGCGAGUGUUCAACACCAACUAAGAGGGCAUCUGCUGUUCGAUGUCACCCCGCCUGCAAUUACAAACGAUGCCCACGAUCUAAACAACCCACAACGGAAAAAGAUCUUUUGUUCUAAAUGAUUGCUGUCGUUCCUGCUGACUUUUGAUGUUACAUAUGGAAGCUUCGAACGAGUGUGUUUUUAUUAUGGAUUCUUUAUUAAGCGUUUUAUUGACAUGAAGGUUAAUUGGGAGAACCCCCAGUUAGACUCAGCUGCGGGCGUGCAUGUAGAGGGCAGCUUGCGACGGUUCAAUGUGUUUUGAGUUCACUUUGGGGAAAGUCCACGUCUCCGAAGCCUGUCUUUAAGUAGCAGAUUCAAACUAAACGAUCACAAAGCGGAAGGCUCAGAACUUGAGUUUCUGUAUUUCCAGGCGACCACUUGGUGUGUUUAAUUUGUAUUUAAAAUUUAAAACAGUGGAACAGAUUGCAAACGGCUGAGGUAUAAUAUUUUUGUUGGGCAAGUACAAAUUUUCUUUCGUACACGAAAUACUUCAGUGAAUUUGAAUAGUAUCCUUACAAUUGAAAUUUAUUCUUUUAGGAAACGUUGCUUACUUUGACCGUAAAGAACAAAUCAAGAAAAUAAUCACUGCUGGUUAUUAUAUGAUUAUUUGUGAGAAUAUUGUAUGGAAGAGGGAGAUGGUAGAAAUGCUCUAUUCUGGGGCUCACAGUACACAAAGUGUGCCGUGCCCCAGCCAACGGCCGCAGAGACGGACGGAGAAGGAGCUGGGGCAGGACGUGGCGUUCACCAGCACGUUCAGGGCCGCGAGAAGGGAGAAAGGGUGUAAUUGCAUCUGCUUUAUCGAUAAAGGUAUCCACAGAGAGAAAGCGGAGGGAAAGGCUUUCCUUUGUAUCCUCACGUACAGUCUAGAAAUUACGUUCUGAAAUGUAUUGUUUCCUAGCUGUUCUUUCAUGAGCCUCUGUCUCUCCAAAGAUACACAUUCCACCGCAGAACUUGCAUUGUCAGUUUUCCUGGUAUCUCCCCGCCGUGCCUAGGACAGUGCUGGACGUGAGCACCUGGCGGCCUUCACCGCGUUUCCGUGGAGACUUCUUCGCAAUCGACGGCAGUUUCUGCUCAAGGCCCUUCCUUCUCCCUGGAGAGAGUCUCCUCGUGUCACGGCCAAGGACUCGGCUGGAUGGCGCUCAUCAGACCGUUCCGCGGCUGUUUGCUGCCCUGCCACGUGCUCACGGUGCUAACCCACUGGAGAGGGUGAAGGGGAGAGAGGGCACAGCCCCAGCCAGGAGGGACUGAUGGUCUCCCGGGAGGUGGAGCCACAGACAACACGGUGUCAAAAUGUGCUUCUCAGACUGUGAGUCCGGGAAGGCUUCAGGGAGGUGGUGAGCUCCUGGAUGGGGCUUGAAGGGAGGGAUGGAUCUGGAAAGGAGUAGAGAACAGAGGGGGAAUGGGAGGGACCCAAGUGUGGGUAACGUCAGAACCUGUAAAAAAGGCAAGGGUCCAAAAGUUGAUCCCCAGGAGCCCGGACCCAUCCUUCACCUAAGUGAUGCUUACUUUGUUGGGUCCUUACUGCAGACGCUCAGGUGGACCCUAAGUGCUUAGAUGACCCAGAAAUGGGGACUCAGGGGGAGAGGGGCAUCUGUAAGGGGGACAUUGCACCCCUGUCUGGGGUGGUCAUCCCGGAACCCCCAGCUCUGCCUACACAUGGUUUAGAGAUGGGAGAGUUCUACCCUUGUUCACACCCACACUUGGGGUGGGAGCUGGGGAGACUCGGGGUGCGUGCUGAACGACACAGGGCAGAAGCCGGGACGGGGAGCUGGCCGGGCCCUCCUGGCCCCCCCAGGUCAUCCAAGCCACACGGGUGGUCCCUCAAGGGGCUUGGGACCAAGUCCUGGAGGCACCAGCCAGCCUCUCCUUAUGGAAAGAGCACAGUUUCAUAGAGUGAUUAAGGCUUUUCACUUAACAAACAGAAAUCCCGUAGUCUGGGGCAAACCUGAGCUGCAAGUUCACUUAGCUGCCGCUACGUCCUCUCCCGCGCUGGCCCGCACCCCUCUGUCCCGGCGUGGUCUGCUCUCCCGCUGGGCACUUCCCACAUCCAGGCUGUGAGUCCCCCCGGCCAUCUCCACUUUCAGCUCCACCAGCAAACGUGUGGAUGGUGCCCAGAUGAGCUCCUCGCCAAGCACCAGGGGCCUCCGGCACUUUCAAAGGAAUCUCGUGGCCAUCAAAGGGUGCCCAAGACCACAGGAAAGGUGGGGUAGGGCAAACCGAGAGCUGGAGGAGCUCACAUCCUGGGGAGCGGAUUCUCCCUGUGCCCCCUCCAGUCACGCACGCGCGCUCAAACACACACGGCAAGCGGCCCGUCCCCGAGCUGGGGGUGCAGCGUUCUCUCCCUCCACCCACCUGGCGAGAGCUGCACCCUCCCGCGGCGUGGCUGUCGGAUCCCACACAGCGGAGGCCAUGCCAGCGUCCUGGAGUUGGGGUCCUCCUGGCGACCAUCUCUCUGUGCUCCCCAGCCAAGGGCAGAGCGGGGCGGCCAGCUGGUCCCCUCAGCUGGCUUGCCUGCCGAUAGCAUCGACCCUGCUUGUUUUUCCAUUUUAAUAAGCGGCACUACAGGUAGUGUAGAGGCGGCAGCCUGACGGUAUAGAAGGCAUAUUUCAGAGCCAAAUGCUGUGCUGUUGUUUUGGGUUGUCUUACAACGAUCAAAACAGCCCAAGUCAUGGUAAUCCCAGUCUUACCUAGUGAUCAGAUGGAAGCAAAACUCAGUGAUCAGAAAAGCAGCUGAUGGGCACAGAGUCCGCGAGGGGAGCUGCGUUCCCUCCCGUGGCCUGGGAACGACUCCAGCCACGCCAGGGAGACCACCGUCCUCCGCCCCCGGCACUCUGCUGCCGACCACGACGCCUCUGGGCAUCUCAGGCCAGAUCCUGGCAUUUGACUGCCCCUACGGAGAUGAGAGUAGAGAUGUUUCUUUCUGAAAGGUUCCCACAGUUCCAGCCGGAGGCUGAACGGAAGUCAUCCACCCAGGCUCUAGGGGCUGUGCUGGGCCUUGGUUUAUCCAUUCAAGGUGUCUCUCCCGGGGUCCUGGAGGGUAGAGCUGGCUUCGGGGAUGUACUCUGAUGGCCAGAGUGGACGUUGCUUUGCUUCUUGUAGCACAUGAUUUCACAGCUUGUGUGUUCUGGGACAGCACAUGGGACCUUUGUCCUCCAGAGGGAGGACAGGAACUCUCAGAGGCCAUCAGAUGGUCCCCUCCCCUUCCUUUCAGCAGGUGAAGGUCUAAGGGUCCGUCCACAUCACCAUUCAUACUACUGAUAACAGCCGCAGUGCAAAAUUACAUUUGUAUAUAAAUCGUAAAAAUUAAAUAAAUUG